UUGCUCUAUUCCGUGAUGGACUUUGCAGUAAAGCUGAAAUCCGAACUAGCCUACGGUGAAGCAAAUCUCACACACCACUGAUCAUUUCUCUGAUACCAUACAACCAAGUUUAGGAGAAAAUGAGUGAAUCCAAGACAGGACCAAGGCUCGCUGGUAAGGUUGUCAUAAUCACUGGCGGUGGACAUGGCUUUGGCGAAGGAAUCGCCCGGAAGUUCGCCCAGGAGGGUGCCAAAGUCCUGAUCACCGACAUCAACGAGGACGACGGACAAAGAGUCGCCCGAGACGUUCCGGACUCGAUCUCCUUCUUCAGGGCGGACGCGACGAGCGCAGAGGACUGGGAGAAGCUGAUGGACGCGGCGCAGUCGCGAUAUGGGCGGAUCGAUUGCCUCAUCAACAACGCCGGCACCACGUACAGGAACAAGCCCACCCUGGAGGUGACCGAGACCGAGUUCGACAGGGUCUUCAACGUCAAUGUCAAGGGCAUCUUCCUCGGGACUGCGGCGUUCAUGCCCCGGGUUAUCAAGCAGGGUGAGGGCGGUGUCAUGCUAAACAUUGCGUCGAUUGGGGCGGUGCGCCCUAGACCAGGCCUCGUGUGGUACAAUGCCUCCAAGGGGGCGGUGUGCACGGCAACGAAGGGACUCGCGGCCGAGUAUGGUGCCCACCAGAUUCGUGUGAACUCGGUGUGCCCUCUACUGAGCGGAACGGGACUGUUCGAGUCAUUUGCCGGCCAGGCCGAUACCCCCGAGAACAGGUCGAAGUUCAUCGACAACGUCCCUCUCGGGCGACUUUGCGAGGCAGCAGACGUUGCGGAUGCUUGCCUGUUCCUGGCCUCUGAUGAAAGCAAGUUCAUCACCGGCAUCAAUCUGGAAGUCGAUGGUGGCAGAGCCAUCUGAGAGACUGAAAAGGUUUAAACCCUCAAAGUCCUCCUAUGAAGCGUUAAGUCGCUCAGACUCCAGAUGUCUGAUUCGGUUGGAUUCAGGUAGGCUUCCGGGAGGAUAUAUACAUCAUAUUCUGUUAGUAGUCGGAGGAGUUGUCAUUGUCAUUGUCCUGGUGCCGGAUCCUUCCCAAUCGCCGUCAGGUUAUAAGUCCGCACCGACGAGGAAGGCUGCUUGAAUCGAGUCAGAUUGAUUAACUAUCUAAUGUCGAGACAAAAUAUGACUCGUGUCGAGUU